AACAGCAAAACAGAAGUGUUAAUUUAUCUCAUUUUGACAUGUUAUGUUUUCAGUUCAGUUGUACUUGGGUGCGCAGGUUUUAAAGAACUGUUAAAGCGAAUAUUUUUCGUUCAAAGUAAUUUGUCUCUUGUCCUCAACAUGACUUUUCGACGACCAGAUAGCUUAGAUGACUUGGGUUAUAGGACCAGGGAGGAUCCGUCGUUUGCUGGAGGCUAUUCGGGAAGGUCGUUUAACAGUUCAUCCAAUAUUGAUAUUCAGAAUUGGGUCACCACUCCUCCAGAUAUACCUGGUAGCAGAAAUCUGCAUUUUGGUUAUAGCACGCCGCAGAAUGAAACGGCACCCGGGGCAGGAGACGACAUACAGUCAGUUGCUCCACCACCUGAUCAACUGAACAGAUUUGCUGGCUUUGGAAUAGGUCUUGCAAGCCUCUUUACAGAAAAUGUACUGGCACACCCUUGUAUUGUGUUUCGGCGCCAGUGCCAGGUCAAUUACCAUGCUAGAUGCUACCACCUGUCACCAUUGUCUGCUCUUAAUGUGAUGUAUAACAUCACGAAAACUCAGGGUCCAAAGGCUCUUUGGAAAGGUAUGGGUAGCACUUUUGUGGUCCAGGGAGUGACGCUUGGGACUGAGGGCAUAAUCAGUGAAUGUACUCCAUUGCCAAGGGAGUUGCCACAAAAAUGGAAUCCAAAACAAAUUGUGGGGCAUUUCGUGCUGAAAGGCUUAACGUAUGUGGUUGCAAUGCCAUUUUACUCAGCAAGCCUAAUUGAAACUGUCCAGAGCGAGAUUAUUCGUGACAAUCCUGGCAUCCUGGACUGUGUGAAGGAGGGACUCGGGCGUGUCUUGGGCCUGGGUGUGCCCCACAGCAAGCGCCUCUUGCCUUUGUGGGCGCUGGUCUUUCCCACUGUUGUGCAUGGCAUCUUUCAUUACAUCUUAAGCUUCAGUGUGCAGAAGCUGGUACUCUAUAUGUUGCGCCGCCACAGCAGCAUAGGAUCGCCCAAGCGCCCAGGUGCCGAGUCUAGUUCAGAUGUUGUACAGAACAUGCUAGAUGCUUACUUUCCUGAGCUCAUUGCUAGCUUUGUGGCUAACCUCUUUACUGAUGUGCUACUGUUUCCUCUGGAGACAGUUUUGCACAGGCUACAUGUCCAGGGAACUCGCACCAUCAUUGAUAACACUGACUUAGGCUUUGAGGUGUUUCCGAUUAAUACUCAGUAUGAGGGGAUGAGGGACUGUAUAAACAUAAUGCACCGAGAGGAGGGCCUGCUAGGCUUCUACAAAGGCUUUGGCACUGUCAUGAUACAGUAUUCACUACAUGCAGCAGUGCUACAGAUUACCAAAAUAAUUUAUUCAACUCUACUGCGAAAUGCCUAAAUGAAAAUAAUAAAAUAUUAGAUUUUUAGUGCCUCAUUUUUGUGAUGUGGUAGGGCCUUCAAAGAACAUAAUUCCAACAACCGUGACCUAAAUACUAUUGUAUGUAAUGUUACUUUAUUUAACCAUUAGUAGACUUGCAUGUGGCAUUCAGUGUGUCAUUGGUAUAAAGGUUAAAUAUUUUACUGUUUAAUAAUGGCACAAUUAAAAUACCCAGCUAAUUAUACUUUGUUCUACUGCAUAGAAAAAUCAUCAUGUGGUUUCUACCGCUUUUUACUUCCAAUUUGUCCUCUUUUAGUAUCUAAUUCUGUCAUUGUGCACAAUUUUGAACUGUUAUUGCAAUGUUUUUAAGGCUCUUCCAUAUUGUGUAAAUAUUUAUUGUUCAUAAAAAAAGUAUGAGAUUGUAAAUGUAAUUUAGUUAUGCACUCAAAAUUUGUUUUAAUAAUGCAUUUAAUUUUUCACCAUCUUUCUUUAAUGCAGCCCCAUAAGUAAAAAGUGCUACACAUCAAAAGCUGAUACAUAACUAUUCUGUUUCAAAACAAUACAAUGUGACAGCAGCACUUCUAGAAAAGUCUUUUAGCUGCACUUUAUAAAAAGCUAGCUACACUGGGUAUUGUGAUUAAAAUAAAUGGAUGUUACUGUUGUGUAGAAAAUUUUUCCAUUUUGCUGCUGUGCUUUUGCAGAACCUGGAUACUUUCUCAUAAUUGAUUGAACCAUUAAUUCUGCUCCCUACCAGAAUAUCACAAGUUAUUGCACACAUUUCAUUGUAGUUGAUAAUUAGGUUUAGGGAGGGGCAAUUUUUUUCCCCACAUGGAUAAUAUAGGUUUUAAACAAAUCUUUGUCUACAGUAAGUGGAAUAAUCAUUUAAAAGCUGCAAUGUUUGCUUGUGUUGUCUUUAUCUUAUAAUAAACCUAGUUGAAAGAUCUGAAAAUUUUAAAGGUGACAAAUAGGUGAAAACAGAAUAAAUUGGGAAGGGUCAAAUACUCUUUCCAAAUCUCUGUAGCAUAAAUACAGUUUUAUAUUUGUGUGUACAAAUACAUCUAUUAAGUUUACUAGCCACUAAUCACUUGGGUUUUACAAUGCUUUCUUUCAUUCACAAUAGCACAAGGUCUUUAUUGGCACUGUUACGGUCUGUACAUAACCAGUACAUUUCUCAUCUACAACCCCAAAUCAGAAAAAGUUGGGACAGCAUGGAACAUGCAAAUAAUAAAACACAGAGUUUCUUAAAUUUUUUGCAGACAGUAUGAAUCUGAGAUAUUUCAUGUUUCGUCUGGUAAACUUUCAUUUAUUAAUAAACAUCCAUUCCUGCAUUUCAGGCCUGCAACACAAUACAAGUAAAAGUUCAAAUAAAAGUUGGGACAGUAAAGCAUU